AUGUCUGCUUCUCUAACACAACGACUGCAGACCCUCGCAGAUGCGCAUAGAGAGACUCUAAAUCUGAUCCAUGAACUGCGAAAGUUCUCUCCCACCUCAUAUAGUCCCGAAGACCCAGAAGACCGGCGAGUCGAACUUGCGACCGAGAUUCAUGACAACCUGAGAGAACAAGAAGAUACGCUAGAAAUCUUGAGGCAGGAACUCGAGGACGAUGCGGUACCGGCACAUCGGCGUGAUCCUAUUCAUAGAGGACAAAGAGACAGCGAGCACGAGCGGAACGCAGACUUACUGGCCCGGCUUGAGGAGGACUUGAAGAUCGCCAGGGUCGAUUUCAGACGAGCCCAGCUCGAAGCGAAAAGGAAUCUCGAGAAGGAGAAGAGAAAACAAAGGGAGCAGCUAUUCACAGAUCGGAAGAACGAUGGGCAUCCUCGGAUGCGCCCUACGCACGAGAAGUUGACGCAAGAUGAGCUCGCCGUGCGCGCGGCGGACGAUGUUACCAUGGCACUACGACGUGUGCAUAACCAACUGGAGGGAGAGCUAGCGCAGUCACAAUUUGCGCAGCAGACACUAGAAGAGAGUCAACAAGCCCUCGAAUCUCUUACCGAGAGUUACUCGGGGACGACCGACUUGUUGAAGGCUUCUCGAGGCUUCGUCACUCAGCUGGUACGCAGCACCAAGUCAGACACCUGGUUUUUGAAGAGCUCCUUCUAUUUACUGGCCGUGACGAUAUGUUGGCUUUUCUACAGAAGAAUCUUGUAUGGACCUAUGAUGCUGUUCAUCUGGUGGCCGAUACGGAUCCUGUUGUGGUCUCUAUCAGGUCUGGGGUCGGCCAUUCUUGGUCGGCCAGAUAUUGCACCAUCGUUUGCUAAAGCUCCAUCCUUGUCGAUAUCGAUGCCUGGAACGAAGGCAAACGGAAUGCCGACGCUCAAUCCAAAGAUGCGGUCGCAGAGAGUGGAAUUACCGGCCAAAGGUGCGGGAUGGGACAGACGACCUGCUCAGCCAUCAGUCAAUGCGGACAGUAUUCUCGAGAAGGUCGGCCGCAUGAUUGAAGAGACAAGCACUACUGUUGACUAUAUGGCAGAAGGGCAAGAGAAAGAGAAGGCGCAAGACGAACAGCCCCGGAAUUCUUUGAAGCGAAUGAUGGAAGUGGAGGUGGAAACCGCCACAACGAGGGAUGAAUUAUAG